AUGUCGCCACGGCUGAGCUCAGGUUCACCGAGGAAGCGUUCAACAGCAUCGGAUAAUGACGGUUCGGUUGUAGGAUCGAGCGAACCGGUCAGAUAUCCCGCCAAUCACGCUGGGGCUCUGCCACCGCUGAACCUCCGAUGUGACCCGGGUGCGGAUCUUUCAGCCAAUCAGCCUUCACCCAACGGGCGGCGGUCGGUAAACGCGGCAAGAGACAGCAAGGACGGCCAAUUGAGGACCCGUGGAACCUCGCUGAAGGGCGCUGCGGUGACGUUCGUAGCCGCGGCAACCCUACGCGACUACCGACGGAACACCGCCGCGAUGCACGUCGAUCUGCUCAGGGUAUUCGUACCAGAUAUACUCAUAAACAUCAUCAACAGCUACUAUUCGAACUUGGUGAAUAUUGUCUAUUCCUUCGGCGGUGACAUCAUCAAGAUCGCGGGGGACGCGCUGUACUGCGUGUUUAUGCCCGACGAACACGACCUGAGGGGAGCAGUGUUGUGUGCGGCCUUGUGUAGCAUGCAGCUUCGGGAGGUUGCCGCCGACGGGCUUACCCUACAUGUUGGAAUAUCGUGCGGGGAACUGUGCUUCGGGAUUCUCGGAGGCAUCGAUAACUACUGGGAAUGCCUAAUGAGCGGGGUUCCCAUUGGCCUGGUGGCAGAAGCUCUAGACGAAGCCAAGAAGCAGGAGGUAACCAGUGACGAGGAACUCGUAACCGUGGGUCGACUUCCAGGUCCAGGGUACCAUUUCUUACGAGGUCGCAGCCUCAGUCGUUCCCCUCAGGUGGUCGUGAGCGUGGAGUGCAUGUCCAUCAUCGGAGACUGCUGCCGGGGGACUCCACUUCCGUCCCGCAACGUCCUCCUCCACACCUUGGAGCCACCCCGGAGGGAAAAGCGGGGAAGCGUUCGCAUGGCCAACAUGAUCGCCAACAAGGGAUUGCCGGUGGAGUUGGAGCCGACGGAGGGCUUGUUUCCUGGGGCAGCAAAUGCAGCUGCAGCAGCGGCGGCGGCCGAGGCGGCAGCUCCGUUAGGGGCAGGGACAGGACAAGGGGGGGCGAAACGGGCAACACCUGAAGGCUCAUCGCCCCAACCGCAGUCUCCAACAAGUUCAGUUGGGUCUGUGGCGGCGACUGCUACAAGCGUAGGCGAAGGUGCAAGCGCGGGUGGCAGGAAAGUGGGGGGAGCGCGAGGGACCGGGGGGGUUGUGGAUGCGAACGCAGCAUGGGUCAGCUCCAACGCCAAGGCGAGGGAGAGGAAAGCGGGGAGCAAGUUACUUGGAGAUGACUCAGUUCACGCGCUAGGGGCGGCGGGAAAAAUGAGAGUCGAGGUUUCGUCUGCAGUGUUGCCCGUGCUCCAAGGCUUCGUGCCAGGCCCCGUUACCGACUUGUUGGCGAUCCACCUGACGACCAUCCAGAAGAUUCUAGCAGAGCACGAAGGGUUCUUGAGGCAGUUCCUCGUUGAUGACAAGGGGUGUGUGCUGAUCGCAUGCUGGGGAGUGCCCGGCCGGAGUUAUCCCGACAACGGCAACCGAUGUCUUGCCGCCGCGGUGGAGAUACACGCAAGUCUCCAAGUCAGGGACAUGAAGACAAGCAUGGGGAUAACGACGGGCCAUGUGUGCUGUAACGAGACCAUGGUUGCCCUGUUCAAGCGUUUGGACCCGAUGAUGCUCAAGGGGAAGGAGCACCCCAUCGCGCCCUUUGUGUGUCUGGCGCAGCAAGGUUCUGACAUGUGGGAGACGCACAAGCAGCUGAGGAUGAUUGGAAGAAUAAACCUGCAAAACUCGGACGCCCCAGUCUCAUUCUUUGAUACCUCGUGGUGA